AUGAAAGUAUCGACUGCAGUUGGUUCAGCUUUCGUUUUGGUCAGCUUGCUCUAUUUCCUUGGAUUUGUUUCCUGUUCAAGAAUUCCAGAAAGAUUCAAAAUCUUGCCAACCAUGCCAAUGAAAGAAAAUCCAAGACUCCCACUUGCUUUCAUCGCCAGCAAUGUGACUGUAUCCUAUGCAGACACUAACUUGAAGUUUACCAAUGCUACUUAUUAUUAUGAUUAUUAUAAUAGAGCUGAGAGAAUUGACUUGUUCAAUGUAAACACAACCUAUCUCCCAGAACAAACCAUUAUCAAUAUUUAUGGUCCGUCUUCACUCAGAGUCAAGGUUGAUACCUAUCUCAUCAAAUACAAAACCAUUCAAGUUGGCGGUGGAACUGUCAUUUCUUUGAAUUGUACAAAAACAAGAGACUUUUGGCAAUUUGGUUAUGGUAUGGACGAUAUGCCAAAUUGGAGCUUGUCUAAGGAUUCUGCAUAUGUCAGAGAAGAGUUUGAUGGUAAAUUAAAGUAUCAAUUGUGGCAAGGUCAAUAUAAUGGCGAAUCUAACUCUUACAGAAUUGUAACAGAUACCAGAGAUGAAUUUGCAAGACUUUUAUAUGGAAUGGAUGAUAUGGUUCAAUUGAAGAUUGAUGGCAGCCAAGGUCCAUUCACUGCCAAUCCUCAAAAUUUCAAUCCACAAUUAUUUGGUUGUUAA